AGUGAUUUUUCGAUUCAACUGAAACAUAAUUCAGCUCAAUCAUAAAAGUCUAAUUAAAAAGUCAGUUGUAGUUAGGAAGUGCAGAAAGACGGUCGGCGUCGGAACAUGCGUGUUUUAGAUGUUAAUGUUUACAUUCAGACGUUACAAAGAUUUAAAUUUUCGGAGAAUGUUUUUACGACAGAAACAAAUUUUGUUGAUUUGUAAUUUAGCUGCUUUUCAAGAAGUGUUUAUGAAAGGACACAAGUGGAUAUCGAAUUAAGAAAAUGUGCCAAUUAAAUGACAAUUGAACUGUGGACCCUGUGAAUAGAAAUUUUGCGUAAAAUCCUUGAAAUAAUUUCGUUGUUUUUCGUUGAUAAGUUUGUUGUCAUUCUAGUUUCGGUCUACGGUUAGUAAAUUUUGUUUUUGCAAUAAAGUGAAGUGUAAAAUGUUGAAACCGUCGUUGUUAUCGUCGCAUAAAAUAAUUGGAAUUUAUUUGACAAUUUCGUACAUAUUCAUCCACAUCGAUCCAUCUGUACAAUGGAACUAUUACUACAAUAAUCAACGCACCAGCACUUACCCAUCUAAUUCAGAUUUUAAUUACGGAUUAUUUUCAAGAUACUUCAGCCGUGCUCAGUCGUCAUGUCAAUGCAUAAAACUUCGAAACUGCGCCCCAUUCGUCGAUACUGUUCGACGAUCACCAUCCACAUCGCGUAGUUUCUUGGAAAGCCUGCGGAGUAAAAUCUGUGGCUACGACGGAUCCGAAGUGAAAGUGUGUUGUCCAUCUCUCGAUCAGCGACAUCGUCGCGACAGUUUUCGUUCCGGCGAUUUAACUACAGAAGAACCAUGGGUGUGGGACGUUGAGGAGACGACCACACCGUCAUACCAUCACGUCAAUUUGAACAAUCGUUUCGGUACUCCGGACAAUUCAGAUUUUCACAAUUUUCUGAAGCCACACAGAACGGAAUUCGGCGAUGUGGACAGCAGUUUUAACGAAUUCCAUUACAACAAAAGAAAGACAUCGAAACCAUUCCGCAAGCACGAAAUACUUUUCCAUUUCGAAGAUCCAAAAACAUAUAAAAAUUGUCCACCGGCAAUUUCCAAUGAAUUUGAAUUACCGGACGGAUUUAAGGAUGUCGUUCCACCGAUUCAUAUCAAUCUUCCGUUACCAGUGAUACCAGUAACCACACCACAAAGUUCAGACUCGAAUAUGAACGAUGGCAAUCAGAUGAGUCGUAACGAGAAGUUGAAAUUGAUAAACAGCGAAUUUUGCGGCAUAUCUGUAAAUACACGAAUCAUUGGCGGAGAGGACGCCGGUCCCGGUCAAUUUCCUUGGAUGGCCCGACUGGCUUAUAGAAACAAAACAUCUGGUCUGGUAUCAUAUCGUUGUGCUGGAACAAUUAUCAGUGAUAAUUAUGUUGUUACUGCUUCACACUGUGUAACAAAUCUGAUCGACGAACUCGAACUAGUUCUAGUCAGGCUGGGUGAGCUGGACGAAAAAACGAGCAACAUUUGCAGUACAAGUGGCAACAUAUUGUGCUCGGAAUCACAAGACUUUGAGAUUGAAAGCACUGUUCACCAUCCCAACUACGAUAGUCCGAAGUACUCGAACGACAUUGCUCUUAUUCGAUUGCGAAGGAAAUCCAAGUCUAACUUCAUCAGUCCACUGUGUCUGCCAAUGGGAGAAUACGCUGAUACAGACAACGACCUCGUUGGUAAGAACGGAAUUAUAGCCGGAUGGGGAGCGAUGUCAGCUGGAAGCACAACUCCCAGCCCGAUUUUGCAAUGGUUACGGAUACCAUUUGUGAACACGUCAACAUGUGCUGCGUCUUACGCACAAUUCAGUGCAAAUUCUCGAACGCCAAUCAUUGUAGGAAGUGGACAGCUCUGUGUACAAGGUCGUGCGAAUGCCGAUGCGUGUCAAGGAGAUUCUGGUGGUCCGCUUAUGAUUGAAAGUAUUUCUGGUAGUGAUCGAUAUGCUUUGUUAGGAAUCGUAUCAUUUGGACCGAGAACAUGUGGCGUUUCAAAUUUUCCCGGUGUUUACACCCGAGUGUCAUCAUAUACAGACUGGAUUUUAGAUAAUAUGGAAAUUUAAGGGUAUUCCUGUUUUGUGACUGUAAAUGCUUGUUCUACCUCUUUAGUUAAGACGAGAAAUUUUCGAACGAUAUAAGUUUCUGCAUUUAUUUUGUAACUAAUUGUAAAUACGAGUAUAGUAGGGAGUGCUGUAACGCAUUUUACGUUUUAUACGAAUUUUUACGAUAGGACCUUCGCAAAAUGCUCAUUCUUGAGCCUAGUUUUAUUUAGAUAUUUUUAAUUGAUUUAGAAAUUAUUUUAAGUUUUCAUUGAAUGUACGCAUUAAAUAAAUAAACGUUUCUUCUGGAC